AUGAUAAAGCGAGUCAUGGGCAGCAUCCGGGUAAACAGGUACAGUAUUGUCUCCACUGAAGAGGAGGGACAUAAGGUCUCUUCCCUUGGCAGCCUUAAUGGGCACAGUCGGAACGGAAAAGGCCACGCCCCGCGACGGAAACGCCGCAACCGUUUUGUCAAGAAGAACGGCCAGUGCAAUGUCUAUUUUGCCAACCUGAGCAACAAAUCCCAGCGCUACAUGGCUGACAUUUUCACAACAUGUGUGGACACUCGCUGGCGGUACAUGUUCAUGAUCUUCUCGGCGGCCUUCUUGGUCUCCUGGCUGUUUUUCGGCCUUCUCUUCUGGAUCAUUGCUUUCUUUCACGGUGACUUAGAUGCCCCCAGUGCGGGAAGCGGCUCUCCCGCAGCAACAAAAUUCUGCAUCAAGCACGUCACUGGGUUCUUGGGAGCUUUCCUCUUUUCGGUAGAAACACAGACAACCAUCGGUUAUGGCUUCCGAUACGUGACUGAGGAAUGCCCCCUAGCCAUCAUGGUGGUAGUGGUACAAUCCAUUGUGGGCUGUGUUAUCGACUCUUUCAUGAUAGGCACUAUCAUGGCUAAGAUGGCACGCCCCAAGAAAAGGGCCCAAACUCUCCUUUUUAGCCAUCAUGCUGUCAUCUCUCUACGGGACGGCAAGCUCUGCCUCAUGUGGCGGGUGGGAAACUUGAGGAGGAGCCAUAUUGUGGAAGCUCACGUUCGGGCCCAGCUUAUCAGGCCCUACAUGACGUCAGAAGGCGAGUACCUUCCGGUGGACCAGCGAGACCUGAACGUGGGCUAUGACAUAGGCCUUGACCGCAUCUUCUUAGUGUCUCCCAUUAUUAUCGUUCACGAGAUCGAUGAGGAGAGCCCGCUCUAUUGGAUGGGCAAGGAACAGUUGGAGAGGGAGGACUUCGAGAUUGUCGUCAUCCUCGAGGGCAUGGUGGAAGCUACAGCCAUGACCACCCAGGCUCGCAGCUCCUACCUGGCCAGCGAGAUCCUUUGGGGACACCGUUUUGAGCCUGUUGUCUUUGAGGAGAAGAAACAUUACAAGGUGGACUAUUCACGCUUCCACAAGACCUACGAGGUGGCUGGAACCCCUUGCUGCUCUGCUCGGGAACUGCAGGAGAGCAAGAUCACUAUCUUGCCUUCGCCUCCACCGCCCCCCAGUGCCUUCUGCUAUGAGAAUGAGCUGGCUCUUGUCAGCCAGGAUGAAGACGAGGAGGAGGAUGACUUGGCUGUAGGAGUAGAUUUAGGAGGAAGCGCCACGGAAGAUGCAGGAGUCAUACCUAUGAUGGAGUUUGGGAGCCACAUGGACCUUGAUCGGUUGCAGGUCUCCAUCCCUCUGGAUGCCCUCUCAUACCGCAGGGAAUCUGCCAUCUAA